AUGAAUGCUAAGACUACUAGUAAAUCACCUGCUGGUAAAAAGAGAGAUUAUACAACUUGGAAUAGCGUUGAUGAUGACCUCCUUAUUCCAAAUAAGUCGAUGGUAGCUUUCAACAAGGCAUGCCAAACCAUGGGUAGGCAAAAAGUGGUCGAGGAGUUGCUUGAUGGUUACUCUUUAGGUUGCGGCUUUUGCUAUCGACAGCAAUUCUAUGCUAAAGUAACUCUAAUCAAGCAACAAGGCAUAGCAAUCCAUCCAGAAAUGAUGAGCAGCAUGAAGUUACAGAUUCAAGAAUUGGCAUGCUUAAAGCCUGCCGCAAAAUCUGUUAUUUACGCGUCAGAAAUUGCAAUUAAGCCGAUAUUUGAUCAUGAUGAUAUCCUAAAUAGCCAAUCUUUGUUAUACGGCGAUACCAAACAACAUUUAGACGGCAAGUAUUUUCUUCCUGGUAAUCGAUUCCAUAUUUGGUUAAAUGGUAAAAGUUACCAGUAUGAAGUUUCGUACCUUCAAGGCAUUCACGGCCGCAUUCAGUUACGAGAGCAGGCAACUGACUUAGAACCGUCUGUAAUCCAGAAUUCUAAGUUAACUGUGGUAAAUGGAGAUGCGGUGACAAAAUAUGAUGCAAUGGACCAUUUCUUAUACGUUAUAAAGAUCGAGCAUACACAAUUGCGGCUUAUUGGAAUGACUGAUAUGAGCUGUCAGACCGAUAAAUUGGUAACUUUUAAUGAAGUCGGCGGUUUGAAGAAACAAAUCCGAAUGAUUAAAGAAAUUAUGGAUUUUACGACAAUUUCUGGCGAUCAUGGCAGCAGCUUAGGUAUUAUGAAUGGAAUUUUAUUGCAUGGGCCAUCUGGUGUUGGUAAGACUCUUGUUGCCGAAGCUGCCGCUAAUGAAAGCGGAAAAACAUCCUUUCAUAUUAAUGGUCCUGAGAUUUUUAGCAGGCUGUAUGGAGAAAGUGAAGCUAAGCUGAGAAGAAUAUUUGAUGACGCUGUACACAGGGCAUUGAUUACUGCUGUUUCAUGGCCAUUUCGAAAUAGAGCACCAAGUAUUAUUAUUGUCGACGAAUUGGAUACCAUAUGUCCAAAGAGAAGCUAUACCCAAAAUGAAGUUGAAAAAAGAAUUGUAGCUACCUUUGCUAGCCUACUAGAUCGAAUUUCAAAGUCAAGUGGUUCAGAACGCGUUGUUGUCAUCGCUAGUACUAACAGAAUCGAUGCAAUUGAUACAGCAUUAAGAAGACCUGGUCGUUUUGACAGAGAGAUCGAAAUUAGUAUACCUAGUAUUGAUGACAGAAAAGAGCAGCUAAAAGAUUUUGAAGGAGAACUAAGAAUUAGUUUACAGCCUUCCGAUUUUCUUUCUGCAAUAACUAAGAUCAAACCUAGUGCUAUGAGAGAAGUUGCUGUUGAAGUACCAAAGGUUCUGUGGACUGAUAUUGGUGGUCAGCAAGAGAUAAAGCAACGCCUCAAAGAAUCCGUAGAAUGGCCAAUUAAACAUCCUUCGACUUUUAGGCGGUUAGGUGUUAAACCCCCUAAAGGGAUUUUACUGUACGGUCCACCAGGAUGCAGUAAAACAAUGAUAGCUAAAGCCUUAGCAACAGAAAGUGGUUUAAACUUUUUAGCUGUCAAGGGGCCUGAGUUAUUCAAUAAGUGGGUUGGUGAAUCUGAAAAAGCCGUUAGAGAACUAUUUCGUAAAGCUCGGGCCGCAUCCCCCUCAAUCAUAUUUUUCGAUGAAAUUGAUGCCUUGGCUGCUCAACGCGGAAGUGAUGGAGCAGGAGUUGGCGAUCGUGUGCUUACACAGUUAUUAACUGAGCUGGAUGGAAUUGAACAGUUGGAAGAUGUAACGAUAGUAGCAGCUACAAAUCGACCUGAGAUGAUAGACAAGGCUUUACUGAGACCCGGUCGUAUUGAUCGUAUAUUGUAUGUCCCUUUGCCUGAUAGUGAAACCAGGCAUGAAAUUUUAAAAAUUCAAUUUCGUAGAAUUCCAGUUAAUGAUGAUGUUGACAUAGAAUAUUUAACCCUUAAAACUGAAGGAUUUUCUGGCGCAGAGGUGGCCUUGCUGUGUCAGGAAGCUGCCUUUGCAGCUUUGCAAGAAAACAUCGAAUGUGAACGUGUUUGUCGUCAGCAUUUUAUUAAUGCUUUAAAUAUGGUUGUUCCAAGAACAUCGCAAGCAGCUAUAACACAAUAUAAAAGUUAUUAUCAACAAUCUGGCCUAUACAUGAUUUAA